UUUUAAAACUCCUGAGCUGCUGUCCGACAGUCCAGCGAGCUCUCGUUUAGAGUGAGACACGGUGACACACUCCCUGUCUCUCCACCGCCACCACCACCACCAGCAUACAAGCCAACCAACCGUCCGGCAGCAAAAACAAAACAACAACAUCCAAAGCCCUGAUUGACUGAUUUCACCCCAUCUGCAGACGGAGGACAUCGCGAUUGUCAUCAUUCAUGUCUCGGCCUUAGUGGAGCCGAGAUUAAGCGCGACAGACCCAGGAAGGCUUUUCGUUUGGCGCCGGGCGGCAGUCGCCAUGGGGGACUUUACUACGGUGGUGAUCAUGCUGUGUUUGCUGGCUCCAGCCGCUCUGGCCCUGGGAUCGGCGGGGAACAGCAGUUUCCCGGAGCCACGGGCCCAAUCAGAGGGGAACAGCAAGAAGAUCAAGCAACAAGUAUUUGCCGACACAACAGGUGUGACGGAGUGGACGUCGUGGUUCAACAUCGACCACCCGGGGGGCAACGGCGACUAUGAGCGGCUGGAGGCCAUCCGCUUCUACUACCGAGAGCGUGUGUGCACGCGGCCCAGCGCCAUGGAGGCGCGCACCACCGACUGGGUGGCGGCAGCCGAGACCGGCGAGGUGGUGCACUCCAGCCUGGAGAAGGGCUUCUGGUGCGUCAACAAGGAGCAGCCCUACGGACGCACCUGCUCCAACUACCACGUCCGCUUCCACUGCCCUCCAGUCCAGGCCUACUGGACGGACUGGAGCGAGUGGGGGUCCUGCUCCACGGGGGCCUGCGGCGACGUGGGGGUCCAGGUCCGCCAGAGGAGGUGUGUGAGCAACCAACCAGUGCCGCUGCUCCUGGUCCCCGCCUGCCAGGGGCCCCACUCGGAGAGGAGGGAGUGCUCCACGGCCCCCUGCACAGCCCGUUGGGGGUCUUGGGGUCGGUGGGGGGCUUGUUCAGCCUCCUGCGGGGGGGGUCGUAGGAUCAGAAGGAGGACCUGUGUGAAGACUUCAGACACGGUGCGAUGUGUCGGACGACCCAUGGAGAUCCAGAAGUGCGGGAAAAGCCGAUGCCCGGAUAAAUGUCUGAUGGUGUGCCCCGAGGGGCUUCCCAGCGCCGACUGCGGCCGCUGCCUGUGCGAGGGGCACGUCCUGCAGGGGGAGGUGUACACCAUCACGGGGGUCCCCGUGGCGGGGGCCACGGUGGCGCUGGCCGACCGCCCCAAGGUGGCCCUCGCCCAGUCGGACCCCGCGGGCCGCUUCAGGGUCCCGGGGGUCUGCUCCUCCAGCCCCUCCCUGCUCUCCGUCAGGAAGGAGCGCUUCGCCGCCGCCGCUGUCUCCACCUCCAGUAACGCCACCGGGCUGUCGUGGGUGCGGGCCGUGCUCGGGUCGACUGAAAAGCCGUACAUCUCCAAGCACCCGGAAAACAAGGUCCGCCAUGAGGGGGGACGCGUGCUGUUGUGCUGCAAGGCCACUGGCUCACCCACCCCGGAUAAAUACUACUGGUACCACAAUGGGACUCUGCUGGACCGGAAUGUAUUCAAGUACGAGGAGGACCUGGUCCUGAGAGACCUGAAGCCCCGGCAGGCGGGUCUCUACCACUGCAAAGCCAGCAGUCCCGCAGGCAGCAUCAAGUCCACCCAGGCCUUCCUCACUGUCAUCGGAAGAGGAACGCCGGCAUGCAACCCCACCCCCGAGGACAACAACAUCAGGCUCCCCAUGGACUGCGUUCAACCUGGGACCGAUUCCAAGAACUACAACGCCGGCCGCUGCCCCCACAACACGUGUGCCGGCUCGCUGGACUCGGACUUACGCUGCAGGGACGGAGCGGGCUACUGCUGCGGGGUCCAAGAGAUGGAAACUCGCACCAUCGACUGUGGGAAAUACAGCCUGCCCAUCCGGGCGGUGACACAGUGUGGCUGCAAGAAGUGUGUGCAGCCUUCCGUGAUGGUGCGUGGCCGAGUGGUCUCGGCGGACAAUGGUGAACCGCUGCGUUUUGGACACAUCUAUAUCGGCAAAGAGAGGGUGAGCACCACCGGGUACCAAGGAGGCUUCACGUUACACAUCGCCCAGGACACGGCGAGGCUGGUGGUCAAUUUCGUUGACCCUUCAGAGAAGUUCAUCGACACCCCGAAGGUGUUUAUAUUCGACAAGAGGGGCGGAUCCAUCUAUCAUGACGUCAAGGUAAUGAGAAAGCAAGCGGCGAUCAGUAUCAACGCAGGGGAGACCAACACCAUCGAGUUAGGAGAGAUUAAAGGGGAGGACCCUAUAGGCCAGAUCGUGAUUCCUCCAAACUCAUUUCAUAGGGAAAACGGAGAGCUGUACGAGGGAACGGUGAAGGCCAGUGUCACAUUUAUCGAUCCCAGGAAUAUCACUACAGCUGCCGCAGCCCCGGGAGACCUCAACUUUGUGGACGACGAGGGAGACAUGCUUCCUCUGAGGACCUACGGCAUGUUCUCCGUCGACUUCAGAGACGAGUUCAACAAGGAAGCCCUGGGCACCGGAGCAGUCCAGGUGCUUCUGGACACGCAGCAUGUGAAAAUGGAGGAACACAUCCCCAAGAUGAAACUGUGGUCGCUGAACACAGAGACGGGGGUGUGGGAGGAGGAGAGUGACUUCAGCUACACCAGGGCCACCGGCAGCCACGGGAGGGUCAAGCGAGAGGAGCGCACGUUCCUCAUCGGCAACAUGGAGAUCCGAGAGCGCAGGCUGUUCAAUCUGGACGUGCCGGAGAACAGACGCUGCUAUGUCAAAGUCCGGGCAUACAUGAGUGAAAAGUUCCUGGCCAGCGAACAGGUGGAGGGGGUAGUGAUCAGCCUGAUCAAUCUGGAACCCAAGCCCGGCUUCUCUUCCAACCCCAGGGCGUGGGGUCGAUUCGACAGCGUCAUCACCGGACACAACGGUGCUUGUUUACCGGCGUUCUGUGAUGCUCAGAGGCCCGACGCCUACACGGCCUACGUCACCGCCAUCAUGGGCGGGGAGGAACUGGAGGCCGCACCCUCGUCCCCCAAGAUGAAUCCAAACAUCAUCGGAGUUUCUCAGCCCUACUUGAAUAAAAUCGAUUACCAGCGGUCCGACCACAAUGACCCGGCUCUGAAGAAAACAGCUUUCAGAAUCAACCUGGCCAAGCCAAACCCAAACAACCUUCAGGAAGCUAACGGCCCGAUUUAUCCUUAUCGUAAUUUAAUAGCCUGUGAAAAUGCAGAAAUAAAUGACAAUCAUUUUAGGUUCUUCCGAGUAGAAAAGGACAAGUACGAAUACAACGUUGUGCCCUUCCAGGAGAAUGAUCUGACCACCUGGACGGGAGACUACCUCUCCUGGUGGCCCAAUCCUCAGGAGUUCAGGGCCUGCUUUAUCAAGAUCAAGGUUCAAGGGCAGAAGGAAGUGAUGGUCAGGUCCAAGAACAUGGGCGGAACGCACCGCGCCACCAAGGGAAAACUGUACGGCAUCCGAGACAUACGCAGCACCCGAGACAUGAGGGAAGCCAACACCUCUGCAGCCUGCGUGGAGUUCAAAUGCAGCGGGAUGUUGUUUGACCAGUCUGAGGUGGACCGAUCCCUCAUAUCCCUCCUCCCUCAGGGCAACUGCCGUCGAGUCGGCAUCAACAACCUCCUGCAGGAGUACCUCACCAAACACCCCCCGGUGCCUCAGAACAACGAGUCCCACGCCUUCCACAUGCUCGCCCCCGUUGACCCCCUGGGGCACAACUACGGCAUCUACACCGUCACGGACCAGAACCCCAGGGUGGCCAAGGAGAUCGCCAUCGGACGCUGCUUCGACGGCACUUCCGACGGUUUCUCCAGAGAGAUGAAGUCCGAUUCCGGAGUGGCGAUGACCUUCAGCUGUCCGGAGAGGAAGAUCACCAGGGAAAGCCUCUUCCAGCGGCUGCAGACCAACCCAGGGCAGACCUUGUCCCAGAUGGCCAGGGACAUGCGGGAGUCGCAGGGCCUGCAGGUGCAGCGGUCGUCUACCCAGGUGGUGGCCUAUCCUUCGGAGCAGCGCAGCAGGAGUCAGGGUCGCAGGGUCUCCAGCGUCAGCUCCACCAGCAGAAGAAGAGUGACCUCGCGAGGACAACUACGCCAGUAGUUCUUCUGAAGAUUCCAAAAUGUCAACAGAGGGAGAGCCUUGCUGGGCCAGUCAGUUAAAGGUGGAUAUGAACUUUGGUCUCACUAUGAACAACACAGAACUCCCUGCCCCAGUUCCAAUGGCCUCCGAAUGCACGACCACCGCAGCAAUAUCUAGCACAAAGGAUUUGCAAAAAAUAAUGAGUCUCCUAUUUACUCCAAGGGUUUUUCAAUACAUUUUGUACAUGUGCUUUUUUCAAUAACACAGGAAUAGCAAUUUUGUGUUAAUCAAGCAGGACAAUUGAAAAUAUAACCAGCUUCACAUUUAACUCGGCUUCAAGGUAUCAUCAAGUUUAGAUGCCUGCUUUAUUUUUGUUGACAGAAUGCUUGACGUUGCAAAACACUAAAUUUUACCCCCAAAUGUAAGGAAGUUACAUAGCGGCACAUUUGAUGUGGUAUGGGGCUGGCAAAAAUACGACAUGAUUUAAAUACACACAUUUUCAUCCAUUCGCUAAAGUAAUUCAGCCCCCACGCCUCUUUCGCCUACUAAGGUUCUUGCCAGGACAAGCAUUGCACAAAAACAAAGAUAAGAAGCAGUAGACUCCACAUAUCUUUUUGCAGACGGCCCAAAGGAGCCAUAGAUGUUAGGAAUGACAAAAGUUCCACAUUCCACUUCUGUUCAUGACCCGGAAAGCCUCACCAAAUUGAACAAUGUCCACCCGCCAUUUCCCCCAGCCGUCUCUUCUUUCAUAGGAACUGUGACUUAAUGAGGUUAACGGCAAGUCUAAUAUGUAAUUCAAACUGAUCUUUUUGUCUGGUGCUAUUAGUGUCUGUCUGUCUUUGAAUAUUUAAGUGCAAUAAUGAUGUACCAUGUUAACUUGAGAAACCUUGCAGGGUGCCGACCUUGCAUACGGCAAACCCAUAUACUCUCAGAACAAUGUUGCAGACCUACACUUUUUUUUUUGGCAACAACCAAGGAGAUUAUUUUAUUUAAUGUUCGGACCUUCUUUAUGGUCCGAACAUUCUUUGCAACUGCAUGGUGGAUUUAUUCACAGUAAAUCUCAUUCAAUACGUUAAACUUCCCAGAACAUUCUCAUUACUCCGGGUUCAUUUCUCAGUGGAGCGUUUCUUUCUUGGAGAAAAAACACUAAGUCUUGGCACUCCUAAUUUUACUGGACAUGGUUUUACAAGAGGGAUGUAUUUGGUCCUUUUCAGAAAAGCAAUUAUUAACAAGAUAGUGUAGUUCUCCCUGUUCAGACUUCAAGGGUUCAAGAGGCCCUUUCUGGUGAGGAUUCAGUGCGUUAUGUAAAUUUGAGUUGGUAAGAUAGGAGGAGGGAACUUCCAGCCUCCAUAAUGGGUACAACUUGUUUAUCCCCAUCAUAGUCACUUCUGGAGCUUUAUGGGCUUUUGAGGAGCCAUGGGGAAUCCCCUGGAGCUGACCUUAUCCCAAAGCCAAAUGAGGUAGGCUCUAGAGCUUGGAGAAAUCAGGCAAGGCUGGAAGUAAACAAGGGGGCUGUGUUUAAUCAGAAAACACAUCACGUAUACUUUUGGGAAUAAUUCAGAUGGUUCAGACAUUUUCAGCAAAGUGCAGAUGGAUUUAAGCUCAUAACUGCUCCUCUGGUGAGAGUAUUGCGGUACAUGUUGUUAAUAAUCGCAAUAGUUGCAGCAUCAGCCUUUUGUGUCUUGGUUAACUCCGCUCCACAAGUUCAUGCUAAUGACGUAAAUUCUCCAAUAAAAAACGAUUUUUAUCGGUGUGGAUUAAAAUGCAAGGUGUGUCUGUAAAAGGGAUAUUUAUACCGUAACUUAAAGCUUCUGUUCUAGAGGAUACUCCCAAGUUCCAUUAUUAGUUGCGUUGCUCUUGCCAGCCCCUUAAUCUGGACGUGUGAGACCCCGGCCAUUACGACUGACCUCACACAUAACUACUGUCCCCGAGGGAAGUAGUCAAAUCUGGUCCGUUAAAAACUCACUCCCUGUACCCUCCAGGCUCUGUGCUAGAUAAAGGAAAAUAAAAGGGUCCAGGUGAUGCGGAGAGCCAAAUCUUAUAAAGACGUGACAUUUGUGUGUGUGUGUGUGUGUGUGUGUGUGUGUGUGUGUGUGUGUGUGUGUGUAAACCAAGGUCACCAAGGGAAUUCCAACAGCUGUUAAGCAACUGAAGGAAAUGUUAAGUCCGAGAACAUCAAGAGGAAAGGUGGAUCACGAUUACAUACUGAUGGAUGAUAAUGCAGUUUGGCAGAGGAAAAAAAAAAUGAAGGGAAAAAUAUUAGUGGUUUUGGGCCCCACAGUCCAUCACUCACAGAAUUCCAGACUUUGAAAUUGGUUGCAUGUGUAGGAAAAGAUGUUUACAGAGGAAAAUGAUUUGACAGAUAAGUUGGCUCCUGAUAAAGAGAAGGCAUGUGUUGGAGUUUGUGGUACAAGUGGACACUAAUAGGGAGGUGUGUUUAGCAUUAUGUCAAGCAUUGCCUGUGAAUGCAUCCACAUCAUGUGAACAGCUCCUUUGCCUUCAGAUAAACUUUAAAGAUGAUGCAAAACAAUGUUAAAUGAUGAGAUGAACUGAUUUAGUAAUCAUAGUUCCGGGUUCUAUGAAAGAGAUACGCAAACGGUUAAUUCUGGAGAGUACAUGUACACGUUAGAUAAAUAUUAAUUUAUUAUAAAGGGCAAGAGGUUGAAAUAUAUUGUCAUCUUUAAUCUUCACUGUAACAAAUCACCAUGAAAUACUUUAAAAAAAAACUACAAGCAUAGAUAUAGACCUUGGGUAACAAAAAGGAAAAUGUGUUAUCUCGGAGGGUAGUUUCAGUCACCCUUCCACAAAACGUUCUUAACAUUGAAAAUGAAGAUAAUAUUUCAUACUAUUUUCAUUUUAUUACGGUACCUCAUGUCAAGUAUGUAUAUAUAAACGUGAAAGACGAACAAAACAUAAUUCAUUCAUUAUUAAUCUCAAGAUAAUUCCUUUUGUAAAACUGUCAUCUUACUAUAUUAUAAAACGCUGGCAUGGACCAUGUAAACCCCUAAUUGAUGCAGACUUAUUGAACAUUAAGGUUAAUAAGAAGCAACCGGCUUUAGGCCUGUGGUGAUUUAUGGGAAUGUAACUGCAUGAAGAGCUAUGGAUAACAGCAGUGUGCUCUUCGGUUAUAUCUGGCUAGUUUGAAGGAGACUAUAUAACUUAUUAAGACGGAACCACAGAACCCUCCUAUGCAGUCCUUAAUGAGUCACAGAAAUGGAUUUCUUUAAGGAAAGGCGCAUGAACAUCAUAUCGAUCAAUUACAACUCUUGCAUAACACUAUUGACUAAUUGUAUUCCAUUUAUCAAGUUAUUGUUUUUCUUCUUUUGCUGAAUUAAGGUUUGAUUUGUAAAGUGUAUUGUAUGAAGUUACCAUGUGAACAACAUGUAAAUAUGUUUUUGUAAACUUUUUGGGUGAUGCUUUGUCUAAAUUUUUGUUUUUUAUUAUAUGUAAUUAAGAAUUAAAGGAGAGUAAACAAC